AUGAUUGAUUACUUUAUGGAAAAGUUGUUGGGGGAACCUAGAAAAAAUCGAGUCAGUUGGCCGUUCGUCCUUCGAUUUUGCUUUUAUGGUGGUGGUAUUAUACAGUUGUCCAAAGUGAAUAGGAAACCUCCAUACGCCGUUCUAGGUUGUCAUUUACAGUUAUAUACUGCAAUGAAAUAUUUAGAGAAUGCAUCAUUAGAACCUGGAUAUUCUACCUUCGUGUGGCCAGUCGUAAAGAACCUUAAUGCUCGGGUUAUAGAUUCUGUGACGAAACGGACUCAUCCAAGCGUUCUCCGUGAACUUUGGCACUCCUGGUCGAGAAAUAAAGCACAUAACUGGACUGUAAAGGAAACUGAACAUUGGCUUACUAGUUACUCCAAACUUCCGGAAUAUGAAUAUUUGCCUCAGAAAGAAAAUAUUUCAGGGAGUUUUUUUCCUAGGAUUUUCCAACCAAACUGUUUGGAAGCCCAUAACUUCAACAAUGUAAAUUCAUUUCAUUCUGGAUUAACUAAUCAAUUAUGGAAUAUUAGUGUUUUCGGUCCUCCUGAAAGGAGCCCUAGUGUUUAUCUGAUUGUGGGCGUUUUAAUACUGUUCGGGUUAUGGUUUACAUCCAUGCUAACCAUUUGCUUUGUUCGUAUUCUUUUAAAACCUGGAAAAUCAACUCUUAAACAUGAUGGUUUAUCAAAGAGUAGAAAGAUUCUCCAAGCACUUGAGAAAAGCUUAUCUCAUCAGGUUGAAACGUAUGAUUUAAAAUCACUUAAUGUUAUUAGUUCAUAUAACAAUAAUGAUAAUUCAGAUCAUAGUAAUACAAAUUUUAAUUCUUGUCGUAAGUUAAAUUGGGAUAAAGUCAACGAAAUUCUUGGCCAGUCGAAAAUCAAUAUGUUUUUCCCCAAUACUCAGUUAUCAGCACUUGUUAGUUUGCUUCGCGAAAGUUACAUUAUAGAAACAAAAUAUCUAUUAGAAAAAAUUAGUGGAACUGCUCAAAAGCUUUCAGUUGCCGAAGAUCUAUAUGUCAAAUCACAAACCAAGAAGUGUCUGUUAAUAUUUCCAUGUUACAGCAAGAAAUGUAUAGAUAAAGAAUUUUAUAUUGUAAUGAACAGAGUAAAAAAUAAGGUUUCCGAUCUAAAACAUGAAGUAAUAACUCAUAACAGACGAUGGCGUUGUAUUUUAGCGGCUUUACAUAACUCAUGUAAUGGUUUUGCUGGGUUUAAUAAUGUAAAUUUUAUUUCAACUAGUUCUGCCUCUUUCAAAACAACCUUCGAAUGUAAGAAGUCAGAAAAUUCUGAACAAGUUCAGUCAUUUGUUAAAGAUACUUGUGACAAUAAAAAUGAAAGUCAUGAAAAGUUGGCUAGUUUCUCUACCGAAUUUUUCGAAAAUAAAAAUAAAUUCAUUUCACCUGGUGAGAACGAAUCAGUAAUUGGGAUGUGUAGUAUUAAUGAUGAUUUUCCUGGGGAUUCCAAGAAUAUAUCGAAUAAUGAUGUUCCCGAUUCUUAUUGUAAUAAUCCACAGAUGGUCGAUGCAAAUAAACGAAACUACUCUAAUCUACAUUCUACAAAAAUUCCUACUUUCAUCCAUUUGUCACUUUCAUCUCAGAAAACAUCUAGAAAGUGGAAGUCUGGUAGUGUUCAAAAGAAGCAUAUUUCUCAGCAUGUAUAUGGUAACAGGUUAUCUGCUCUUUCAACCACAAAGCGCUCUGGCAAUAUUUCUCAUAAUGGGAAAUUAAGAAUACCGUUUGAAGAUUUUACUAACACUACUGACCCUACCACUGGAAUACGAAAACCCGAGCCAAUUAAAUUUUGA